UUCAAUGUCCAAUCCGGAUUAAAUUUUAAAACACAAAAUUAACGACAGUGUUUCCUUGACAACCCACAACAAAUGGUGACUGUAGUGUUUAUCUUUAAAACCGAAAAAUGCAAAUAAACUAAACUUGCGAUGAGACGCCAAAAAUGGUCGAAACACUCAACCAAAGUGGACGUCCAUCUAGCUCGACGUGGUUUAUUUUGACGACCCCUUUUUCAUCCAUCAUCCGCCACCAUUAUAACCUCCAAACAAAGGCACAAAAGAAGUUUUUGCCGAUAAAGUUCCAUUCAUCAAUUGUCCGAAGAAAUUGGCUGUGGAAGGCGGUCGUACGGUUCUUGACACCGAUGUCGCAGUCGCCUGGAACCGGCCAACCAAGACUGGCUUGCUGCGGGUAGUUUUCAGCUGUUUCAGGGCCCCGGCCAGCCGCGAUUUUCCUUGCCGGUGCUGCAGCAGUAUGUCCGGUGCACCCCUACAGUGAACUCGUGAACCUACAGGUGAUUGAAUUUUACUAAAGUUGUGGUGUCAUUCUCAAGUUUUUGGAUAUUGUGCAUCAAGUAUUCUAUUUUCAUGGCAUACUUUAUUUAUUAAGAAAUGACCGCCACAAAAUCAAAUCUCAAAUAAAACGAUGUGAUAACUCAAAAAGCUCAUACUACCGAAAAAAAUUGCUCAUUAUUGCUCAAAAAUGACAUUGGAAGGCAUGGAUAUGGAAAAUUCUGACAUGCGAACAAUGACCUUCACCUAUCCGUCCAAAGAUAUGUUCUGCGACGUAUCAGAUAAGAUGGACAGCUCAGUGGAACCGAGCACUCUGGAGAUGCUGCAGAACAUCCCCAUGCUCGAAGCUCAAAGUCCAGAAUACCUGCCCAACGACGUACAAAGCUGCAUCGAGGUCGAGUCCACGAACCUCAUCAGCAUUCCUGAGACUCAAAUCGUGGAGAUACAGUUCUUCGAAGAGCAAAUCAUCUACAACUCGGAGCUGAUGUACGAAGAGACAGUCGCGAAUACAGACGACAUAGACAUGCACGACUCGAACUCGAACAGCCUCCUAGAUGAAAACCUCAUCCUGACGACCUUGAACAACGAGAACAGCCAACCUAGCACCAUGUUGAGCCCGCAGAGCGAAACAGCGGAGGAAACUCCGGAAACGGACCUCACCAGUCUGAACUGGUUGCACAACAUCACCAACAUAAUGUCGGUUCCCAACCUGCCGACGCCGCCUGUGUCGCCCAAGCCCAAGAAGAAGUCCAGCGCCUCGGGUCAGGAAGACUUGACGAUCAACAUCAACUUCUACAAGAAGAAUGGCGACAAGAAACCGCCCUUUUCCUACGCCACCUUGAUAUGCAUGGCGAUGGGAAAAAACGGCAACAAGAUGACGUUGUCGGCUAUAUACCACUGGAUAAGAGAGAAUUUUUUGUACUACAGGAAAGCCCACCCCAGUUGGCAGAACUCCAUAAGGCACAACCUCUCUCUGAACAAGUGCUUCAUGAAGGUGGCCCGAUCGAAAGACGAACCCGGUAAAGGAGGUUUCUGGAAACUCGACCUUGAAAGGCUGCAGGAAUCCCGACGGGCGAAACGGCGCUCCAGCCUGACGGUGCGGCAACCGCGCAACCGACCGCACUCGCAGCCCCCCAAACCUCCGAGGAAACCGAAACGCUACCGGCCGUCGCAGAGCACGGGGGAGAGGAAACACAACAUCCUCUCCAACAUACAGAUAUGCGGGGAGACGGACAUAGAGAACUUCGACGACAAGAGACAGAAGAAAGAGGCGGAUAGGAAAAGCAAGACUGACGUUAAGGAGGAGGGUGGCAGGCCGUUUGUGCCGGCGUCGAUGCCUAAUCAGGGCGUGGUUACGGAGCCGGUGAGCGCGGUAUUGGGCGAGGACGAACUGACCGGUCUCCUAUUGGCCACGAACGGGUGGGACGAGUGCCAAUUGGAGAUGCUGGACUCGCUUUUGGACUCCCUAUGAGCGAAACAAGGGGGAUUUUUGUAAAUUUUAUUGUAAAUGGGGUUUCUCUAUCAAACGUGUAAUUUUUGCAUUGGUAAUACAAUACACAGAGUGACUUGUGCCUUUUCAACACACGUGUGCUGUUUGUAAAUAAAAUGAAUGCAAUUUUUUUCAUUCUUGUAAUUUUGACAGCUAAAGCAAAAAUGGUCAAUAUUGUACCUUUGCUAUUUAGAGAAUCGCUCAAGGACGACCAAAUUUAAGUUCUAAAUUCCAUGUCCAUUUACUACAAGUUUUUAAAAUGUUGGGAAAAGUCAGAAACCGUUUCAACUGUUUUGUGCUCGCCCUCUGGGUUUAAGUUAAAUAAUAUUGAUUUUUGAAAUGGCAGAAAAGUGGCCAAAAUUAAUUUAAGGAAAAACCAAUAAAGAUAUCACCAUGAAAUUUUAACACCAUAUUGGUGGGGUAUAAAUCUUAAUCCCCAACAAAUUUUAAUUCAAUCGGCUCAGUGGCGGCGAUGUUAUAAGGGUUUAAAUGAUUUAAAUCUUGUUAAAGCAAGUUAAAAAUUAAAUUAAAUUAAAAAUCAAUCAAAAUAUCUUAAUGAAAUUUUUACACAAGUUUUAUAUAUUAAUUAUGUUGACUCUGUACAAAUUUUAAUUUUAUUAGAUCAGUGGCGGAGAAAAUAUACUGUUUUUAAUUUGGCAGGAAAGUAGCCAUAAUUAAUUUAAUAAAAAAACAAUAAAGAUAUCUUUAUGAAAUUUCAACAGCAUAUUGAUUUGGUAUUAAUCUUAAUCCCUAAGAAAUUUUAAUUCGAUCGGCUCAGUGGCGGCGAUUUUAUAAGGG